CGCCAUUGCAUGAAGUUUUAGUCGGAGCUGAUCUGCCAAGCAUACUUUUAGGAUGGCAAAAUGUCCAACAGCUUCGAGUUCACUUCCAAACAUGUCAAGACCCAGAAGUGAUAGAGCAGAUGAUCCUAGACAAACCAAAUCUGAUACAGACAUCGAUGACAAGAACAUUAGCCCAGAGGUUCAUCAACUGAUGUACCAGCGGUUGUUGAGGCGCAUUCCGUCUGUGCUUAUUAAUCAAUGGCCACAUGUGUCAUGGCGCGAUGUAAAGGAGAUCGUGUUUCCAAAAUGUUCCGCAUCAGAUUGCGAAAUAGUUCUUUCAUCCAUGAAAGUUCUUUUCAAGUACCCAUACGAGAAAUCCAUGAUUAAAUGUGACAGAGAAUCACAGCGGAUGUUUGCUAUGAAGGGCCAUAUUGUUCCGUUAAAGUCAUUUCUAGUGAAUUUAAACAUAUUGGAGGAUUCUAUUCUUAACCUUCACUACGCUGUCAAAACCAAGCAUAGAUAUGCCAAACCAAGGAGCUCAAUCCAGCGCCAAUGCAAAUACACGAUGGAUCAUGUAAAAACCUUUGGGAAUAAAUGCACCCUGUCAAACAAUAACGAUCCGAGAAAGGAUGACAAAGCUACCGAUUCUAAAAUUGCAGAGGUAACACACAAAGGAAUCAAGUACCCUGUGCUUGUCCGUAUGGACCAUUCCUCUCGAACUGAGAUAUUUGUUCCGGUCAAUGACUUGCUGAGCAAAUCUAGUAGAAUAUGUCCAAUUCUUCAAAAGGCAUGCUUGUUGUUUAUCAACAAUCAAGAGAAUAAGGAGAAAAAUCUGGAUACUGUACUUUCUUCUCCAAGUCCACUUGAAGCUAAUGAGCUAAUGAAAAAGAAACAAAGACUCGGUCAACUCGACCGGAAAGACCAAAGCUGGAGGUUUAUGACAUCUCAGAGUGUUUUGAUAAAACGGACGCAUUUACUGACAAUACACAAUGAAGUGAAUACAAAUGGCUUCAAAAUGGACUCAGUUGCAAUGACAGACUGUCUAAAAAAGUGGUUCGGAACAGCUGAUACGAAUCGUAAACCGGACUCUGAAAACCCUGUAGAUGGUAAUACAGGUGAUGGUACACAAAUGCAAAACGAUGCAAGAUCUAAAUGGUCUUCUCCAGAAAGGAUAGACCUGAUUACGAAUAUUGAACAGGGUAUACCCGGUGUGGUGCUGUCAGUUAUCGACAAAGGUAGUGUAAACGCCAAUGGUGUUAACGCACACACGGGCAUAAUUCGUGCUUCGGAGAAUGGAACAAAACCCAGAGAUCAAAAUAAAUCAUUAUCUUCGCAGAAGAAAAACAAAGUAAUAGGAGGCCAAGCAGAAGACACUCCAAUUUAUCCCCGUAUACGAAAUGGAGCAGUACUUCCAAAGCAUAUUAUCCCUAUCCAUCAACUAGAGAAAGAGGAGAAUCGGACGAAGGCUCAUGGCAGCAAACUGUCUCCUCUGGAUAAAGGAGAAAUGGGCGUGACUAAUAAAUACAAUAACGUAAUGCUCAAGCAAGGUAUUGCAAAUGGACAAGAUAUCAAGAUCACCACAGAGGGCAACCAUAAGAAUGAUGAAAAACGUGAUAUGAAAGUAUUCAUCGGGGCUCGAUAUGACACCAAUACAUAUGGCCAAGUAGAGAUUAUACCUUAUAGUAAAAACUAUAAGGGUAACACUAAUGUAAAAGACGGUCAGAGGACUGAGAAGAAACACAAAGUAAAACCAUCUAAAAAGAAGAUCUGGAGACAUGACAUAAGAAAAGUUCUGAGAAGUUUGGAACUUGAAAAUAUUUGCAAAUCGUUUGAAAACGAUACAGUGAAGGAUACUCCAAAUGAUGCUGAAAAGAUCCCCCACUUUCCAAUUAUUCAAAGGGAGGAGAUACGUGAUAAAGGGAAUGUAUAUUACAAGCUAGGUCAACGACCGAGCCCAAUGAAGUCAAAGACAAAAAUGAAACAUACCAAGAUGUCAGAUAUCAAUAAGGAAAACAACCAUGAGUGCGAGAAAAUUGAUUUAGAUGCUAAAGAAAGAAGAAAAGGCGUGUUGAGAACUCCAUUUGGUACACGAUUAGAAAAUAUAUUGUACCCAAGGAAGUGUGUGGAGGAUGGCAUACACCAAGUCGUGGCCAUCGUUUACGAUAAUGUUACUAAAGAUAAAGCAAAUAAUUCAAAACAAAAUGACAGCAUUAAGAGCAUAAGUGACAAUGACAGCAAAAACGAAGCUAAUAUAUAUGAAAGAACUAAUCCUAAUGUCACAGUUAUACCAAAUAAUGGCAAAGGAGCAGAAACUAACAACGACCUUACAGGGACAGGAUCGGGGGAGCACGUUUUGGCACAGUCUACAAGUAAACCGAUUUUUCCUGCAGUGGAUGGAUCCGGAGAUUUCAUCCAGGUUUUAAAAGAAUUCAGCAUUCGUCCAACUCAUUCAAUGAAUUCUAUGAGAAGCCUUAUAUGUGGACUGGAGAAUGAUUCAAUAACCAUAGAGAAAAAAUCUAGCUCUCUUCUCAAAAUUGUAGAUACAUCUGAUGAUGGUUUAGAUAAAGUGGAUGGAGUGAAGGAGGGUGGACAAUUCUUUGAAUUUGAACAUUCGAACUAUGCAACAACAGAUGCAAGUAGUCCUGCAAAUGACAAAUGUCAAGAUACAGAAAGACUAACAGAACAGAAAAUAAAUGUCUGUGGCAAAGGAACAGAAAAUAACACAAGUAAUAGGCCGCUAGGACCAGAAUCUUUCAAUGUUGCAGAUCACAUUAAAGAAGAUGAUGAUGUCAAACUGGAACCCCAUGUACAUUGGAAAAAGCGAAUAUACAAGAGUCAGGUGGAUUCCCCUGCUAAAGGCAAUCUACAGCCAUAUCGUCCCAAUGCGAGACCUAAGGCGAGUGAAGCCAGUACAACGACCAUUACACCUGUUGAUACACAGCAGAUAGAUGACUGUGAUAGUGAUGGAGAAUUACCUUCCCAGAAUUCAAUUACCAAAAUAAAGCAGUCCAACGAUCCCAAAUACUCUGUUGAUAUUAAUGAGCAACUCGAAAGUUCCCAACAUGACCUAAUCGAAAAUGAACACGCUGACAUCAUUGAUGAACGAGAAGAAACAAAAGAAAAUGCCGACAUGGUGAAUGUGGUAUUAGAAAAAUCUCAGGAAGUGAUAGAUACUGAAGAGCAAACUAUAAAGAUUGUGUCGUGUUGUAGUCUUGCUAAUGAUAAACAUUUGCUUAACAUGUGGGAAAAAUGUGAAAACGAUCAACCAAAUUUACAAGAUGGAGUAACUGACAAUCAAUACCAACUCCCCAUUGGAACGACCAGUCACUUACAUAUAGAUGAUCUACAACAGGAUGAAUGCAUUUCCCAAGUUAACAGCGAAGGAAGUCCAUUUGCCUGUGAAUGUGAUUGGACGUCACCCAUGGUGUUUAUAGAAAAUGUCUCCGAGGAAUCUAAUAGAGAGGCACGUUGUGAUUACAUAUCUACAAGUAUUGAUCCAUCGAGUGACAUUCUAAACGAGAACUACCCCACGUCAAAGAGCUCCAGUAAUGUAACAAUUGAUGUAACAUAUGAUAAUGAUGAUGAAAUCAUUGAAAUUGAAAAUGCUACGUAUACACAUGAAACAAAGACGAACGAUGUCACAUUGUCUCGUCGAACAGAUGACCCAAGGGUUCUAUGCAGCGAAGAAAGUAGGGCAAAACAAGCCCUUCUAUUUAAACAGCUAUCAGCUCUCGGUAAAAAGAAAACUACUAGGCCUUCUGGACGCCCAGCUAUGGGUAUUAAAAGCACAUCAUCAGAUAUGUUUAAAAACCACAGAGGCACAUAUGGAGCAGAGUCCUCAAAAGAUAUCACGAUGCAUGGACUUUUCAUCGAUGAUCUCAGAUAUACAGAAAUCGCCGACCCCACCUCUGGGCUCACGACUAAAGGGUAUACUUACAAGAACCUUGAUGUCUCUAUCCCUUUCACCGUCAAGUUUGGCUACAAGUAUGCGCUGGUUCAGGACGUCCACCAAUUGUUUCCCCAAUGUGGUGCCCGAUGUCCGUUGGUGAGGAGUGUUGUCAAGAAAUAUAAAGGACUUGCGGCAACAAUCUGCGACUGGGAUGAUGUUAGGAACUUCGAUCUGAUUCGUGAUAGGAUGACUCAAACUGGUGACAUUUUGGUAAGAAUUGAUCUGUUGUUGAAGCAAGGCGUUGACCUCUACAAAGAUAUUUCAUCAAAGCAUCAACGGCAGACAAAGAUCGCACAAGGAUGCAAACAAUGCAAAUUUUGAACAUGUUACCUAAAUAAUACAUGCAAACAAUACAAAUACUGAGCAUGGAACAUUAAAUGAAUAUUCAUACAAUGCAAAUUGUGAAUAUGUUUC